CAAAAGCCGAAAGCGAGGAGGCCCCGGGCCGCACACACCGCAGUGCACGGGGCAACCCUGUCGGCAGGCAGCAUGGGGAAGGGGGGGAACCAGGGCGAGGGGGCCACCGAGCGCGAGGCGCCGAUGCCUGCCUUCCGCUGGGAGGAGAUUCAGAAGCACAACCUGCGCACGGACCAGUGGCUCGUCAUCGACCGCAAGGUCUACAACAUCACCGAAUGGUCACACCGGCACCCGGGGGGCCACCGGGUCAUCGGGCACUACGCAGGGGAAGAUGCUACGGAUGUCUUCCUGGCCUUCCAUCGCAACCUUGAUUUCGUGCGCAAGUUCAUGAAGCCCCUGCUGAUUGGCGAGCUGGCCCCUGAGGAGCCCAGCCAGGACCACAGCAAGAAUUCCCAGAUCACUGAGGACUUCCGGGCGCUGAGGAAGACGGCUGAGGACAUGAACCUCUUCAAGAGCAGCCACCUGUUCUUCCUUCUCUACCUGGCCCACAUCAUCGUCAUGGAGAGCAUCGCCUGGUUCACCAUCUUUUACUUUGGCAACGGCUGGAUUCCAACCGUCUUUACGGCCUUCGUCCUCGCUACCUCUCAGGCCCAAGCUGGAUGGCUGCAACACGAUUACGGCCACCUCUCUGUUUACAAGAAGUCCACGUGGAACCACAUAGCCCACAAGUUCAUGAUUGGUCACUUAAAGGGUGCUUCUGCCAACUGGUGGAACCAUCGCCACUUCCAGCACCACGCCAAGCCCAACAUCUUCCACAAGGACCCGGAUGUGAACAUGCUGCAUGUGUUUGUCCUGGGUAAAUGGCAGCCCAUUGAGUACGGCAAGAAGAAGCUGAAAUACCUGCCUUACAACCACCAGCACGAGUACUUCUUCCUGAUUGGGCCACCGCUGCUCAUCCCCCUAUACUUCCAGUACCAGAUCAUCAUGUCCAUGAUCGUUCACAGAGACUGGGUGGACCUGGCCUGGGCCAUCAGCUACUAUGCCCGUUUCUUCAUCACCUACAUCCCUUUUUAUGGUGUCCUGGGGGCCAUCAUUUUCCUCAACUUCAUCAGGUUCCUGGAGAGCCACUGGUUUGUGUGGGUCACGCAGAUGAACCACAUCGUCAUGGAGAUUGACCAGGAGCCCUACCGUGACUGGUUCAGCAGCCAGCUGGUAGCCACCUGCAACGUGGAGCAGUCCUUCUUCAAUGACUGGUUCAGCGGCCACCUCAACUUCCAGAUCGAGCACCACCUCUUCCCCACCAUGCCCCGGCACAACCUGCACAAGGUCGCCCCGCUGGUGAGGUCCCUGUGCGCCAAGCAUGGCAUUGAGUACCAGCAGAAGCCGCUGCUGCAGGCCCUGCAGGACAUCAUCAGGUCCCUGAGGCAGUCUGGGCAGCUGUGGCUGGACGCCUACCUCCACAAAUGAAGCUGCAGCCCUCCGGGUGCCCAUGGGGAAGGGGGACCAGAUGUCAGCUCCAGGAAGGCAGGGAUGUCAGCCUGUUUUGCUCACUGAUAUAUCUGUAGCACCAAGGACAGGGCCUGGGCCUAUGGUAGGUGCUCCCUAAACCCUGGCUACGUGGGCGGACCCUGGGAAGGGAGGUCACGGGCUGAGGGCAGAAAGGCUGAUCGGAAAGGCCUUGGAUGCCAGCUUCUACAGAGGCGCCCACGUGAGCUCAGAGAGCCAGGUGGGUGCUCAGGACGGGGCUGACCAGGCCCAGGGUGGGCAGGGGCCCCCAGGGAGCCACCGUGAGCAAAGGACCCUUACCCGAUGAUGUCCACCAGGGCGGUGAGGAAGGGCUUCACCUCGUAGCUGAGGCCGUGCUUGGCGCACAGGGCCUUGACCAGCGGGGCCACCCUGCGGUAGUUGUGCCUCGGCAUCGUGGGGAAGAGGCUGGGGGCGGGGAGGGCGUGAGCCGGCACCCCCCCCACCCAUCGCCCCCGGGCCCCGCUCACCACCCCUCCCGGGCCCUCCAGGAAAUCCAGGGCUCACGUCUCGGCCUCCCUGGGGGAAGACUGGACAGAGAGGCUCAGGCCUCACUCCCACCCCCGUGGGCCCCCGGGCCCGCGCUCACUGGUGCUCAAUCUGGAAGUUGAGGUGUCCGCUGAACCAGUCCAGGAAGGCGGAGGGCUCCACGUUGCAGGUGGCCGCCAGCUGCCAGGAGCGGGCGGGGCACACGUGAGGGGGCCGACACGGAGCCCGACCCCGCGGCAGCCCCGUCAGCGCCCCCCUGCCUCUCCGCUGGGGCCCGCCUCUGCUCCCCACCUGAGAGCUGGCCCAGUCCCGGUGCUUCUCGUGGCCGAUCUCCUUGGGGAUAUGGUUCAUCUGGGUGAUCCACACGAACCAGUGGCUCUCCAGGACCCUGUGAGGGGAGGCCCAGGCGCUACCCCGCGUCCAGCUGACCACGCAGACCUGGGCCUCGGCUUCCCCAUCUGUGCUACGGGAUUGCGGCAACCCCUCCCCGCUAGUGUUUAAAGCAGCUGAGUGGUGCAGGGGCCAUUGCCAGGCUGCCAGAGUUGCCCUACUCAAGACGGGGGACACCCCCGGGGCCGCUUCCCUGAGGCCUGCCACUCCCAGGAUCUUGCCACUCGACAGCCCAGGGAGACAGUACUGUCCCCGUUCUGCAGAUGGGGACGUGGAGGGCUGAGGUCAGGGGCCCCUGCCGCCCGUGUGUGAGCUCCCCACACCCCGCCAUGCCAAACCUGGCCAUACCUGACAGCCACAAAGAGGAACAGCGCCCCAGGAACACCGUAGAAGGGAAUGUAGGAAAAGAGGAAGCGGGCGUAGAAGCUGGCGGCCCAGAGCAAGUCCUGUAGAGGAGGGAGGAGGAGGGCAGAGGCCUCGAGGCAGCCGGGAAGGGGAGCUGGGUCACCCUGGACGGCACGUCACCGCCCCUCUCUGGGCCUGGGUGUCUCAGCCAGGUAAGUGGGUAGGAUCCCUGCCCUGCCAGCCUCAGGGGGCUGACCACGGAGGUGAAGGUGCUGUGCAGGGGUGCGGGCUGAGGUAAGCCUUGCCCGGGAAGACAAAUGCCUGGCAGAAGGGGCCCAGUGGAUCCCUAGCCCCAGGGAGGACACCCCACCGUGAGAGCCCCACAGCACGCCCUGUGCAUACGCCCGCUCUCCCCCUGCAACCACACACAGGCACACACUCACGCCCCCUGCGCGGGUGCACACGCCUACCGCACCAUCACAGGCACACCUGUUUGCGCUGGUUGAAAGGGGCUGCCCCCUGACGCCCCACCUCCUGCCACCACAGCUGUACGCCCAGGGGACCCGAACGGGGCCCCCACUCACCAUCCACUGCAUGCACACCAGCAUGUACGCCAGGUUUUCCACCUCGAAGUUCACCAGGGUGAGCAGCGGCGGGCCGACUGCAAGGA